AUGCUGUCCUCGCAAGCUGUGCUGUCCUCGCAAGCUUUGCUGUCCUCGCAAGUUGUGCUUUCCUCUCAAGUAGUGCUUUCCUCUCAAGUAGUGCUGUCCUCUCAAUUUGAGCUGUCUUCUCAAGUUGAACUGUCCUCUCAAGUUGAGCUGUCCCCUCAAGUUGAGUUGUCCUCUCAAGCUGAGCUGUCCUCUAAAUUUGAGCUGUCCUCUCAAGCUGAGCUGUCCUCUCAAUUUGAGCUGUCCUCUCACGUUGAACUGUCCUCUGAAGAGGAACUGUCCUCGCAUGCUGUGAUGUCCUCGCAAGUUGUGCUGUCCUCGCAAGCUGUGCCGUCCUCGCAAGCUGUGCUGUCCUGGCAAGCUGUGCUGUCCUCGCAACCUGUGCUGUCCUUGCAAGCUGUGCUGUCCUCGCAAGCUGUGCUGUCCUUGCAACCUGUGCUGUCCUCGCAAGCUCAAGCCGUGCUGCCCUCGCAAGCCGUGUUGUCCUCACAAGCUGUGCUGUCGUCGCAAGUAGUGCUUUCCUCUCAAGUAGUGCUUUCCUCUCAAGUAGUGCUGUCCUCUCAAGUUGAGCUGUCUUCUCAAGUUGAGCUGUCCUCUCAAGUUGAGCUGUCCGCUCAAGUUGAGCUGUCCUAUCAAGCUGAGCUGUCCUCUCUAAUUGAGCUGUCCUCUCAAGUUGAGCUGUCCUCUCAAGUUGAGCUGUCCUCUCAAGUUGAGCUGUCCUCGCAAGCUGUGCUGUCCUCACAAGCUGUGCUGUCCUCGCAAGCUGUGCUGUCCUCGCAAGCCCUGCUUUCCUCGCAAGCCGUGCUGUCUUCGCAAGCCAUGCUGUCCUCGCCGGCCGUGCUGUCCUCGCAAGCCGUGCUGUCCUCGCAAACCGUGCUGUCCUCACAAGCUGUGCUGUCCUCGCAAGUUGUGCUUUCCUCUCAAGUAGUGCUUUGCUCUCAAGUAGUGCUGUCCUCUCAAGUUGAGCUGUCUUCUCAAGUUAAGCUGUCCUCUCAAUUUGAGCUGUCCCCUCAAGUUGAGCUGUCCUCUCAAGCUGAGCUGUCCUCUCAAGUUGAGCUUUCGUCUCAAGUUGAGCUGUCCUCUCAAGUUGAAUUGUCCUCGCAAGCUGUGAUGUCCUCGCAAGCUGUGCCAUCCUCGCAAGCUUUCCUGUCCUCACAAGCUGUGCUGUCCUCGCAAGCUGAACUGUCCUCGCAAGCUGUCCUGUCCUUUCAAGCCGUGCCAUCCUCACAAGCUGUGCUGUCCUCGCAAGCUGUGCUGUCCUCGCAACCUGUGCUGUCCUCGCAAGUUGUGCUUUCCUCUCAAGUAGUGCUUUCCUCUCAAGUAGUGCUGUCCUCUCAAGUUGAGCUGUCUUCUCAAGUUGAGCUGUCCUCUCAAGUUGAGCUGUCCGCUCAAGUUGAGCUGUCCUCUCAAGCUGAGCUGUCCUCUCUAAUUGAGCUGUCCUCUCAAGUUGAGCUGUCCUCUCAAGUUGAGCUGUCCUCUCAAGUUGAGCUGUCCUCGCAAGCUGUGCUGUCCUCACAAGCUGUGCUGUCCUCGCAAGCUGUGCUGUCCUCGCAAGCCCUGCUUUCCUCGCAAGCCAUGCUGUCUUCGCAAGCCAUGCUGUCCUCGCCGGCCGUGCUGUCCUCGCAAGCCGUGCUGUCCUCGCAAACCGUGCUGUCCUCACAAGCUGUGCUGUCCUCGCAAGUUGUGCUUUCCUCUCAAGUAGUGCUUUGCUCUCAAGUAGUGCUGUCCUCUCAAGUUGAGCUGUCUUCUCAAGUUAAGCUGUCCUCUCAAUUUGAGCUGUCCCCUCAAGUUGAGCUGUUCGCUCAAGUUGAGCUGUCCUCUCAAGUUGAGCUUUCCUCUCAAGUUGAGCAGUCCGCUCAAGCUGAGGGGUCCUCGCAACCUGCGCUUUCCUCGCAAGCUGUGCUGUCUUUGCAAGCUGUGCUGUCCUCGCAAGCUGUGCUGUCCUCACAAGCUGUGCUGUCCUCGCAAGCUGUGCUGUCCUCGCAAGCUGUGCUGUCCUCGCAAACUGUGCUGUCCUCGCAAGCUAUGCUGUCCUCGCAAGCUGUGCUGUCCUUGGAAGCUGUUCUGUCCUCGCAACCUGUGCUGUCCUCGCAACCUGUGCUGUCCUCACAAGCCGUUCUCUCCUCGCAAGCUGUGCUGUCCUCGCAAGCUGUGCUGUCCUCGCAAGCUGUGCUGUCCUCGCAAGCUGUGCUCUCCUCGCAAGCUGUGCUGUCCUCGCAAGCUGUGCUGUUGUCUCAAAUUGAGCUGCCCUCUCAAGUUCAGUUCCCCUCUCAAGUUGAGCUGUCCUCUCAAGUUGAGCUGUCCUCUCAAGUUGAGCUGUCCUCUGAAGUUGAGCUGUCCUCUCAAGUUGAGCUGUGA